CUACGCGUGCCAAGCUGGAGUCUCUCCUGCCGAAUACGCAACUGCUUCGACACACCGGGCUGAAGGGCACAAUGAGGAAGCGGAGGGACACAAGCAGGCGCUGGGCUCUGAAAACCAGCCGCAAAACGAGGCUGCAACACCCCGAGGCAGCAACAACCGAUCCCUCCAGUGGUUCUGCCCUUUCUCCAGCUGAGCCGAGCAUCUUGGUAGACGUCUCGGUAAAUGCGAGGAGGCCCUGGCUUCCACGACUGGGCGUUAACCUGCUGCUGAAGCUCGUGGGCAGAAUUUGCCACGGCUGGAGGUUCAGCAUUGUACAGGUGUGUGCUGGCGUGCUGAUCAAGCUGCUUUCCUGGCGGGACCACACGCGGCAGUUGGAGACGCUCCGCGGGCAGGUGGAGGAGCUGCAGAAAGAGAUGAUUUUCCUGCGUGGCGCCGUACAGCCAAUCAGUGGGGCUGAUCCAGCCUGCUGCUGUUCCAGGGCGGGGUCCGCUGUGGAUUCUGUUCCCGCCCCCAUUCCGCUUGCCCCGCCCCCUCCUCCACCACCUCCACCCCCUCUACUACCCCCACCUGAUGCGGUCCCUCAGAGACCUGUCAUCAUUGUCACAAAGAAAGCGUCAUCUGCAUCCUCCCCGAAGGCGAAUGUGCGUCUGUCCGCAGUGACUUUGAAGGACCUUCAGAGCAUAAAGCUCCGGAAAGUGGCCAACGCUGUCGUUGCAGCCAACAGAUUGUCCUCGGAGACAAGCCGGGCCCCUCUGAUCACUGUGGCUGACCUGCAAAAAGUGCACCUCCGCCGCCCCCACUGCAACUUCGCGCUCAAGCCGCACCUGGGCGUGAGCAGAUCACCUAAUAAAAGUCCGGUGAAUUUGCUCAAGCAGCUGAAAAAAGUUCAGAUCAACAGGAGCCCUGGAGGAACACCAAUGACCGACAAAGAGAACCAGGAGUGUGGCACCGGUCUGACCCCUGUCAUGACCCAGGCUCUGCGACGCAAGUUUCAGAUUGCAAUACCCAGAAGCCCUUCUCCAAAACUCAAGAAGACCUUUGAUGAACAAAACUGAAAUCUGAUAUUUCAUAUUGUCACUCCGGUUUUUUUGUAACAAGUUUUAAAAUUCAUCAGAGUGUUUAUAAAAACAAGCUUGCUGCUCACUGCAAUAGCUUCUUUACAAUGGCUUUAGCAACAGACAGAAUUUCCAUGACAUUUGCAACUCUGUUCUUUCAUCCUUCUACUGUAAUUGGCUAUAAUUUGUUCUGUUCUAUUAGUAAUAUUCUCAUUAUUGCUUCCUGUGUAAUAUGACCAUGUGACCUGCCGCAAAGCCACCAGUGAAGAGCAUGUCAUGUCAGACUCUUACUGUUACUUCAGCUCUGUGUGGAAAUCGACUCCGCUUACACUCCCUAAACAGCUAAGCGUAAGAUUCUGAUGGACGCUGAUGUCUCACCGUAUUCGUCUUUCAACAGAAGGCACAGGGAUGAUCGGCCGGAUAAGAGCAGAGCUAGUUGCAGGAUGCUAGCUAAAGUUUGGCGAUACUGAAACCCUUCAGAAGUGAGGUCAAUGAAAUCCUGUGCACAUGGUUUUUUUCCCCCUUUAUUUUAAUGGCAAUUUAAAAUUGCAGGUUUCUCGUGCACUAGCCUUUGACAGCUGCUUUGCACACAUCAUAAAUGGCAGUCACACUUGGCAGUGAUUACGCUGACUACCUUUUCAAGAAUGCAUGUUAGCCUUUUAAUGAAAAUGUAUGAAAAUACUUGAAUUUGCAUCACUUGUGCACAUUUAACCAAAGUUUUGCCAAUUUGUAAGAAAUGUUUACAUGUUUAAUGUGCUUAUUUUACAUGUUUUUUAAAAUGUGCAAUUAUUUUGUAAAAUUUAUAUUUUUAAUAUUUGUGUACUCAUUUCAUUAGAAAGUAAAGGUGUACAUUAUUUCUGAAAACUCUUUGUAUUAUGGUUUGAACUAGUAUUCCUCCCAUCAAAAUGUUGGCAAACAACCGAUUUGUACUAAUUUCCCUUGUAAUAAAACUAUAAAGUGACUCAAUUAUUUAAAAA